UAUGUAUCGGUCGCCCGGACUGGGCGCAUAGCGUUAUGUAUUAUCUUCAGUUUUCUUUUUAGUAUUUGCACUAGAAUUUCCUAAGUUUUCGUUUAAUUACUAUUGUAAAAUAUGAUUUAGUGCAUAGUUGUAAAUAUUAGAAGUGUUUUUUACAUUGUGUUGUGAAGCGGAACAUUGAAAGUGGGAUUAUCGCCUGAUUCACAUUAAUUAUGUGAACGGUGACGAACCAUUUUAAGUGCGCGAUAACACGCCCUCUGUUAUUUCUUCGCAAUCCUGAUGAUUUCCUUUUAUCGAAAACUGAUAAUAAGUCUAAAUAAUGCGUCGCAAAUAAAAAUCAAUACUUAGUCCUCAUAUUAUGUUAUGUGUGCAUAUAUGUUUUUCAAUUAGAUCAUAAAAUAACCUAUAUAACUGUGUUAGUUUAACUAUAAAUGUAUUUGAGAUAAGAUGUUUGUGAAAAAACUGGAAGCUGCAAUUUAUUGACCCGAGUCGAAUUGGCGGUGGAUUUUGAACGUAAACCAUUCACCGCUAGAGGGUGUGCGCAUCGCUUUGUUCUUGUUCGUGACGUUGGCGCGCUUGUGCGAUUGCGAUCAGUCUGCGCGAGCUUCGCGCAGUUGUGGUCGUUCGUUGAACACCAGCGUAGGGCUCCAGGAGUCUGAGAGAAGGUGGAUACAGUUGCAUCGUGAUAACGUAGUGUCGCAGUGCAGUGAGAUAUAGUGUUGUGCUGGAUUUUGGCAGCGGGCGCGAAGGCCCGCGUGGUCGGCGCGGAUCGAUACGCUAUAGACGUGAUAUGGCGCAGCGAUCAUGAGCCAGGGCGGCUCUAGGAGACCGUACUCGCGCGGGGGCCCGCGCUGGCACCCCCGCUACAAGGACUACUGGGACUACGAGCAGAAUUACAGUGAUGGCAGCAGUGCAGGCAGCCCGAAGGAGGCGUGCGUGGCGCAGUCCCCCCCGCCGGCCAAGCGGGACGUGCGCCAUCACCGCCACGAGCAGCGGCGAGUCAGCAUCGGCGGAGGCGCGGGCGGGUCGCGGCGGGCCGAACGCCGCGCCGCUGCCGGCACCGCCGACCGCAGACCAGACAUGCGCGUGAGCCCGGGAGCAGGCGCAGGCCCUUCAGCGGAGCCCCCUUCGCACGUGAUGCAUCAUGCUCACCACAAUCAUUUGGACACCAACCCGCUUGAAGGACCAGUGGAGUCGCUCGUGUCGGGCGGGGGCUCCUCCGACGGCGAGCUGUCCUCCAAGGCGGGCGACAGCCCCAGCAGGAAGCGGCGACGGAUAUCGCGACAUCUGUCCUCAGGUGAAAGUAACGUGUCGGCAUCCACACCCGCCGUUGAGAGACGGACGCCCAGACACCACUACCAACCGCCACGGCGCGGCAGAUACGCGGGCGGGGCGACCGGGGGGGCCGGCGUGGGGGGCCCCGGGGGGGUGAGCAGCGGGCCGGGCGCCGGGCCCGGGGCCAACGCGGGGGGCUGGCACCAUCACCACGCGCCGCUACUGCUGGACAUCAACCAGCAAAUGUCCCUUCGCGGCGCCCGCCUCUCCGCGCUAGGAGGCGGAGUAUGGACCCACCAUCACGCAGCACACGCGGCGCACGCGGCCCACGCGGCGCACGCGCACGCGCCGCACCACCGGCACGUGGAGCACGCGCAUCCCCACCCUCACGCGCACGCGCACCAGCACGCGCAUCCGCAUCAACACCAGCACGCGCACACGCCGAGGACGCAGGUGGCGGGCGCGGAGCUGUGGGGCGCGGCCGUGCUACCGCCGCUGCAGCUGCGCUACCAGAUGGGCGGCGUGUACGCGGGCGUGGGCGGCGUGUACGGCGGGUACACGCACGCGGCGCACGUGCCGCGCGCGCCAUUCGCCUCGCCUCCGCACGCGCAUGCGCACUACCUCGCCACCAAUCAGCGAGCGGAGGCGGGGCGGUUAGAAGUGGUAGCGGAAGGUGCUCUGUCUCCGCUGCAGCCCGCGCCUGAUCUACAUCACGCGCCGCUGCUGCUGCACCAUGAGGCACGAGGCGGCCUCGAGCUGAUGACGCCGCAUCACGCGCGGCACGCACUGUCACACCAUCACCGCCGCAGCGGGGGCGUGGGUGGCGUGGGUGGCGUGGGCGGCGUGGGCAGCGUGGGCGUGGGCGUGGGAGGCGUGGUGGGGUCGGGGUCGCGCGCCGCCCGCCCCUACGUGCGGCACACGCACGCGCCCAGGUGGCCGCACCACGCGAUACACCACAUACACGCGCAGGUGUGUGUUGCGUGCGCGCAGGGCGGCGGCGGGCUCGUGGGCGCUCCGCUGCCGCCGCUGCACGUGGCCUCGCCGCUGUCACUGCCGCCCCCGCCCCCGCCGCCUACCUACCAGGUGUUCCUGAAUCUCCUGGCGAUGUUCCCCGUGUCUCCUUACGCGGAGGCACGCGAAGAGGGCGGCGAUUCGCCCGAGACAGAGAACUAUGAAGCGCUUCUCUCAUUGGCUGAAAGAUUGGGAGAGGCCAAACCUAGGGGACUCGCAAGACACCACAUCGAUCUGCUGCCUUCAUACAAAUACUGCCCGCAGACGCACCAGGGCGAGCAGUCGUCGUGCGUGGUCUGCAUGUGCGAAUUCGAGUCCCGGCAGACGCUGCGUGUGCUGCCGUGUGCGCACGAGUUCCACGCCAAGUGUGUGGACAAAUGGCUACGGUCGAAUCGGACGUGUCCCAUAUGUCGCGGCAACGCGUCGGAAUACUUCAACAACUCGGAGUGACUCGCGAAGCGCGACCAAUCGCCUGCGACAAAGUCGCACCGCGUUGCGACCAACUCUGCACACACGCGCCAUAUCACAAAGUGACCGAAAACUGUUAGUAUCUUUUGUGGUGUGCGAGUAUCGUAUUGAAAAUUGAAAUGGACUUUUGCUCUCGAAAUUUGAGAAUCGGAGGAAAGUUGCAGGAAAUCACAGACAUUGCUUCUCACAGAGCCGUGGUGACACCUUCUUGGAGGCGACAAGGAAUUUGUUUGAUUUGUGAAGUUGUUGCGCCAUUACGAACUCUAAUCCUUUAGCUUUUAGGUUCAAUCUCCACUGUCAAGCGAACGCUACGAUAGAAAGCCCGAGCGCUCGACUAUGGACUAUGUAUUUAACGUUUUAAGGUCUAGAAUUUAGUGCCAGGACGCUGAAAGUGCGAACGCCAAAUUAUAUCACUAAUAAAAUGAACAACAACGUAUCUUUCUUAAUAAAUAAACUUUAAAAAAAUAACUCGCUUUAGUGUGUGAUUGUAUCUGCGUGGUGACGAACGCACGCGCAGACCAAUUGUUUUAUAAAUAUACAUAUUGAAUCUAUACAUACAUACAUAUAUAUAUAUUAUUAUUAUAUUAUAAUUAAAAAGUGAACAUUAUAUAGUUUUGUAAACGAGUUACCGUGUGCCGAGACUCGAAGUAAGACGUCUUUUCGUGUAUAAAGUACUAUAUCACUAGUAUUUUGACAAAAUCAAUCAAAUAUUUAGCCUAAAUUAUUGAUGACAUUUUCGACUUUAAACCUUAGCAAUUGAUGUAUUGGUCAUAGAAAUAUAUAGGAAUUCAUAUUUGGAAAACUAUCAUCCGACAUAAUGUACCCUUAGCACGAAUCAAUAUCGAAUUCGAAUCGUUUGCGAGCCCGAAAUAUCAUUGUCAAAUUUGUACAGACUUUUAGUUCUCGUUGUGGCGCUUCUGUUCAAGUUUUCAUACAAAAUAUGACAUUGACGUUUCGCACUCGCUAGCUAUUCGAAUUCGAUAUUGGUUCGUGCUAAUGGUACUGUAUUCUGGUAAGACGAAAAUCGCUUGAAUUAUAUUGCGACAACGCUCUAUAACUCUACCAAGUUAUUGUAAUCAAGUGCAAACAAUUAUGAACUUUAAAUGAAAAAACCUUUUGGUAUUGCAAAAUUAAGUCGGGAACUUUAAACUCUUGGAAUAUUCUAGCAGCUUCUAACAUAUUAUCCAUUAUGCUUCCGCGAUAUUUAAGUAUAGUCGCUAGUGAUGUAGCACUUUAUAUGCUACUAAAAUUAGUCGUGUGUAAGGAUAGUAAGAUGUGACGUGUCGCGGCCUUAGUCUUCGCGUGUAAAGUUAGUUUAGUCGUGUUUAGUUGUUAGCCCGUUCGUUAGUCGAUGGCCGGCGGCGGACCGAGUUAAGGGGGGGGGGGGGGG